AUGAUAUCAUUGCAAGGGUCAUCUCAUACCAUCUAUUUUAAUUCUAUAAGAGUUGGCAUUGGUGGACGACACUUCUACACGCCGUUUAAUAUGCAAGAUGAAUAUCCAGAUGUAAAACAGCAACUACACGCGACAAAACCAAUAAAAAUGAAGCAACUUGUCAACAAAAAUCUUAUCACGCUCAAAUGUGUUCUCUUCUGUUUCCUCUCGGGUAUCGGCUGUAUAUUCCCGUUUCUUCCACUGCACAUGCUAUCAGUGGGUUUAGAUAAAGGAGAAUCUCGUGUCAUAUCGGCAGUUGCACCAUGUUUAGCGCUUCUCGGCCCUGCCGUAUUAGGGCCACUUAUUGAUAAGUUGUCAGUGGGGCGAGGUUCUACAGGAGGUGGGACCAGCACUAGUGGAUCAGGGCGGUUGCUUCGCAUAAUAACAGCCAUCUGCCUGAUACUUAGCGCUCUUUUCUAUACGUUGCUACUAGCUGUACCGUACACGGAACGGCAUGAGGCUCGAAGACCUCAGGUGCUAUUUAUGUGCGAUGAGAACAGCGCUUAUGUCAUGCAAGAAGUUUGUAAGGAAGACAUGCGAUGCAACAGAUGGUCUGGAGAGAAGACCGGGGUGCUGGCGGUGACAUCAUGCGAAUACGGGUGCGCAGACGAGAACAUGACAUGGGUGAAGAAGCCGUUCACUACGACGUCGACCACCUCUACCAUCCGUCCUAUGUACAUUAGCAAUGUUACGACUUCUAACCCAGAAGAAGAAGAGUCCCACCAACAUAUGUAUUUCGAAGCGAACCCGCCCCACUUCUGUUACAACGGCACAUGUAUAGUGUACAUGCAACAUCAGGCCAGGUUACGUCUGCCGCUCUCUCUCCUAGCACCUGAACUACCAGAAGACAACAGCACUGACUCUGAUUGGUGCACAUAUCGUCCAGCUGGUCCGUCGAAAUGUUUGGUGCCAGAGGACCGGCUAGCGGACUUAAUUAUGUACGAGCCGGACUGUAGGGCAGCGGUUCGCUGUGAAGUUCUUGACCCAUACGAUGAACCAGACGGUGUACUAGCUGACGCUGAAUGCAGACUUGUGAUUGGGGACCCGAGCGCCACGUUUUGGUCCUACUUAGUUUUAAGAAUUCUGGCAGACAUCUGGCCAACUGCCGGACUGGCUUUACUUGGUGCGGCCUGUGUCAUAGCAACUAGAGAAACGUCUUUAGGCCGAGGUGAUGUCGGGAGGCAAUUAGCCUUCGGCACUAUCGGACUGGCGGUCUUCCCUCCUCUGGCUGGUCUGGCCGCAGAACAAUUGACUGAAAACCCGUACCUCGUACCAUUUAUACUACAUGCGAUUUUCAUGAUUAUUGGGGCACUAAUAUUGAUAUUUGAUGGUCACAUGCCGCUAUCAACACCCGAGUGGUGGUGGCAUACAUCAACGGGCGUUCUGGCGAUGCCCAUGAACACGGUACGGCGGUACGGAGCUGAAACUGCGGCGGUAUUUGCGGUGGUCGCACUCCUGGGUACUCUAUGGAGCGGCAUCGAUGCUUACUUGCCUUGGACUGUAUUGGAUUUAAACGGCACUGCAACCGAAUUGGGAUUGACACUGACUGCGGGAGCAUUGCCAGCCAUACCUGCGCUCUGGUGGGCAGAGGCCUUAGUCGACUAUAUUGGGCACUCGAACGUCUUUAUCAUGGCUUUCACAUUCUAUGGCGUUCGCUACACUGGUUUAGCAUACAGCAAUGAUUAUACGUGGGUGGCUGUGUGCGAGAUUCUCGAGGUAUUCACCCUAAGCUUAGUCUGGGUGACAUCUGUUUUAUAUUUCCGUCACCUGGUACCAAGGAAAUACACUGCCACCGGUCAGGCUCUACCAGUCAUAGCACAUUUCUGUAUAGGGCGAUGCAUAGGCGCGAUCGUUAGCGGGUUCGUGUCGCUGGAACAGCCUCUGGAGUCAAUCCGAAGUGUUUACCGAGCCCUCGGUGUUGUCGCUCUGUUGACGGCUGCCAUUUACCUCGCGUUGUACCAUUUGCUGCUAGCGCCAAGAUGCGCCGCUCCUGCUGUAUCACCUCCACACCAUCUACUCCAAGGAUUAAACGCUAAUGGAUCCUCAAACGGUAACUAUUCUCCGAUGCGAGUUUAUCAUGAAGAACGUUCCAGGAAAGGCCACUUCCGUUAUUAA